CUAUUACCAGACCAUUUGUUUUCCACCUGUCUUGUCGUGGAGAAUGCUCUGUUUGUUUUCCCCCCUCUAUCUCACAGUUCCAGUCUUGAGACUCCAGGUUUCAGUGAUCACUGUGCCUACCUGGACUGGGGAGGAUGUGUGACGGUGUGCAGCUGGAAAGACAUGCCAAAUGUGGAACCCGUUUGUCUGCUUUAGCGGAGAGUAUGCUUUCGCUGACUGAGGCACGGGGUAGGCAGUCCUACAGGAGUAAACGGCAGAAACCGAUAACACUGUGUCGCAACUCUCUCACAUUGGCGGUUAAACUCUUCAAUGGCUGAAUAACAAGAGCAAACCCAGUCAAAAUUGCCCAAUGGAGCCUAAGCCUGGUCACCGGAGGAGAAGGAGCCUGUCUGAGGGGCUGAUGCUGGAGGAAUCAGAAAAAGGAGGAUUGGUCAUCUCCAGCAUUAUCGGUGGCUCUUCUGGCAAUCACGGGCUCAAAGAAGGAGAUGAAAUUGUGGGUGCCACGAUCAACUUUGACCAACUUUCAAAAGACGAUGUGUUGAAAAUACUGAAGCUGAUGGAUGAUAAUGGAUUUGAUGAGAAGGUUCAAGUUCUGACAAAAAAUGAUUUGAGCAAGAGUAUGGGGACCUUGGACAGCAUCAAAGCACCAGAGGAGAUGCUGAAGGAUUCAUAUAAUAGACUCUACAAUGCCAAAAUAAAUAGGUUCAUGACGGAUGACAGCCCUGGACAACCUGCAGGUGCUGGGGAAAGAGGCUCCUAUAAUAGACAGGGCAAGGGACUGGGAUCUCUCUGGGACAAGCCUAAAGUGAAAGGUGACCUCAAACUCCCUGUCCUCACCACGGAUUACCCAGUUGUGGAGACACCCAAAGUAGAUGCUCCUACCUACCUAGAGUCUCGAGACCUCAAAUUCUCUGCUCCAAAGUUAAAGGUGCCUAAACUUGAUGUCAAAGACGCGGUACCUGAUGCUCGCGGUGGAGAACUUUCAUUGCCUAAUGCCAACAUUAGUACAUCAGAUCUCACCCUGCCUCAUUUGAAUGGGUCACUAAACAUUGAUGCUCCAUUAGUUAACCUGGAAAGGCCAAAUCUUGAAACUGAUAUAGAUGCUAUCGAUGUUCUAGAAUUUGAUAUGUCUUUGCCCGAAGUUGACCUCAAAUGCCCUGAUCUUGACCUGAAAGUUAUAGAUCCACUUCCCAAAGUUGUAGGAGAUAUCAAAGUCCUGGAAGCAGAGCUAAAUCUACAAGAGGAGGUUGUCCCUGGACCUACUUUAAAUAUCAAUGCCCCAAAGUUUGAUAUUGAAAGAGGCAAACAUGUUAAAAUGCCCAAAUUUAAGAUACCUGACUUGGGUCUCUCUGGACCCAGAGUAAAUGUACCCAGCCUUGAGGUUGAUACACCAAAUAUGAGGAUCCCAGAUAAAGAUAUGCUUGGAGUUCAUUUUAAAGGUCCCCAAAGAGACCUACAAACACCAGAUGUUAAUCUCAAAAGUCCUAAUCUAGAUCUGCAAGCCCCAGAUGUCAGCAUAAUGAAUAUGCCAUCAAAUAAAAUCAGAGUCUGGUCCUCCAAGAAACUGAAAACCCCCAACCUUGAUGUGGAUGAUCCCUCUGGUUAUUUUGAAUUGCCUAAGGUUAGGCUCUCUCACACAGUACCAAAAGGACCAGAUUUAGACAUUGAUGCAGUUUUAAAGACACCAAACAUGCAUCUUAAAACCUCUUUGAUUGGUGCUCCUGACCUGAAUGACCCUGAUCUAGAUUUACCUUCAGUAGACCUUAAAGGUUCCAAAAUAGAUGUAGAGUUACCAGAUGCAGACAUUGGUAUCCCAUCUGGGAAGAUCAAAACACUAAGUCUUGGUAUGCCUGACUUUAAUAUAUCUGGACCAAGAGUUCGGACUCCAGACCUGGACCUCUCAGCGGCUGAGAUGUGUCCAUUAGACGUCCGUCUGCCUGACCUCAGUACUCCAGAUAUUGAUAUACCCUCAGGUAAAUUCAAACUACAGGAACCACAUGCAGAAUUCAAAGCACCUGAUUUCAAUGUGGAUGCCUCCUCCGGUAAACUGAAGAUGCCCAAAUUUGGGUUAUCUGGCCCAAAAAGACCAGAUCUGGGCAUUGAUGCUGAUGUAAAAACACCAAAGCUAAGUCUCAAAGCUCCCAAGAUAAAAGGUGGGCUUGAUGCGCCUGACUUGAAUUUACCCAAAGUCAACCUGAAAGCACCUAAAUUAGAAAUAAACACUCCAGAUAUUGACAUUGAUGCACCCUCAGAAAAAUUCAAAAUGCCAAAGUUUAAGAUGCCUAAAUUUGCCCUUUCGGGCCCUAAAGGGCCUGAGGUUGGCAUUGAUGGAGACUUGGAUGGACCAGAUCUGAGCUUAUUAUCCUCCAAAUUAAAACGACCAGACUUGGAUGUUGGUAGCCCAUCUGGAAAAUUAAAGAUGCCAAGUCUAAAGGUGCCAAACUUUGAUUUCUCAGGGCCAGAUGUAUGGGGGCCUGACUUUGAGGUAAAGAAUCCAGACUUGGAUCUUUCAGCCCCCAAGUUUAAAGGGGGAAUUAGUCCCCCAGAAUUGGAUCUGCCAGAUGGAGACCUCAAAGGCCCCAAAUUAGACCUCAAUAAACCAGAUGUAAACUUUAAUAUGCCCUCAAGUAAAGUCAAUGUACCUACAUUGAAGAAACCAAAGGUUGAUCUGAAUGCUCUUGAUCUGGACAUUAACGGCCCCUCUGGUAAACUGAAAAUGCCCAAAUUUGGGCUGUCUGGUAAAAUGUCAAAAUCUCCCAAAUUAAAUCUUAAAGCUCCAAAGAUGAAGAGGGGAAUUGAUUUUCCAGACCUGAAUUUCCCAGAUGCUGACCUCAAAGCCCCUAAACUAGACGUGAAUGCUCCAGAUCUCGACAUCAAUGCACCCUCAGGGAAAUUCAAGAUGCCUAAAUUUGGGCUGUCUGGUACAAUGCCAAAAUCUCCCAAAUUAAAUCUUAAAGCUCCAAAGAUGAAGGGGGGAAUUGAUUUUCCAGACCUGAAUUUACCAGAUGCUGACCUCAAAGCCCCUAAACUAGAUGUGAAUGCUCCAGAUCUCGACAUCAAUGCACCCUCAGGGAAAUUCAAGAUGCCUAAAUUUGGGCUGUCUGGUACAAUGCCAAAAUCUCCCAAAUUAAAUCUUAAAGCUCCAAAGAUGAAGGGGGGAAUUGAUUUUCCAGACCUGAAUUUACCAGAUGCUGACCUCAAAGCCCCUAAACUAGAUGUGAAUGCUCCAGAUCUCGACAUCAAUGCACCCUCAGGGAAAUUCAAGAUGCCUAAAUUUGGGCUGCCUGGUACAAUGCCAAAAUCUCCCAAAUUAAAUCUUAAAGCUCCAAAGAUGAAGGGGGGAAUUGAUUUUCCAGACCUGAAUUUCCCAGAUGCUGACCUCAAAGCCCCUAAACUAGAUGUGAAUGCUCCAGAUCUCGACAUCAAUGCACCCUCAGGGAAAUUCAAGAUGCCUAAAUUUGGGCUGUCUGGUACAAUGCCAAAAUCUCCCAAAUUAAAUCUUAAAGCUCCAAAGAUGAAGGGGGGAAUUGAUUUUCCAGACCUGAAUUUACCAGAUGCUGACCUCAAAGCCCCUAAACUAGAUGUGAAUGCUCCAGAUCUCGACAUCAAUGCACCCUCAGGGAAAUUCAAUAUGCCUAAAUUUGGGCUGUCUGGUACAGUGCCAAAAUCUCCCAAAUUAAAUCUUAAAGCUCCAAAGAUGAAGGGGGGAAUUGAUUUUCCAGACCUGAAUUUACCAGAUGCUGACCUCAAAGCCCCUAAUCUAGAUGUGAAUGCUCCAGAUCUCGACAUCAAUGCACCCUCAGGGAAAUUCAAGAUGCCUAAAUUUGGGCUGUCUGGUACAAUGCCAAAAUCUCCCAAAUUAAAUCUUAAAGCUCCAAAGAUGAAGGGGGGAAUUGAUUUUCCAGACCUGAAUUUACCAGAUGCUGACCUCAAAGCCCCUAAACUAGAUGUGAAUGCUCCAGAUCUCAACAUCAAUGCACCCUCAGGGAAAUUCAAGAUGCCUAAAUUUGGGCUGUCUGGUACAAUGCCAAAAUCUCCCAAAUUAAAUCUUAAAGCUCCAAAGAUGAAGGGGGGAAUUGAUUUUCCAGACCUGAAUUUACCAGAUGCUGACCUCAAAGCCCCUAAACUAGAUGUGAAUGCUCCAGAUCUCAACAUCAAUGCACCCUCAGGGAAAUUCAAGAUGCCUAAAUUUGGGCUGUCUGGUACAAUGCCAAAAUCUCCCAAAUUAAAUCUUAAAGCUCCAAAGAUGAAGGGGGGAAUUGAUUUUCCAGACCUGAAUUUACCAGAUGCUGACCUCAAAGCCCCUAAACUAGAUGUGAAUGCUCCAGAUCUCAACAUCAAUGCACCCUCAGGGAAAUUCAAGAUGCCUAAAUUUGGGCUGUCUGGUACAAUGCCAAAAUCUCCCAAAUUAAAUCUUAAAGCUCCAAAGAUGAAGGGGGGAAUUGAUUUUCCAGACCUGAAUUUCCCAGAUGCUGAACUCAAAGCCCCUAAACGAGAUGUGAAUGCUCCAGAUCUCGACAUUAAUGCACCCUCAGGGAAAUUCAAGAUGCCUAAAUUUGGGCUGUCUGGUACAAUGCCAAAAUCUCCCAAAUUAAAUCUUAAAGCUCCAAAGAUGAAGGGGGGAAUUGAUUUUCCAGACCUGAAUUUACCAGAUGCUGACCUCAAAGCCCCUAAACUAGAUGUGAAUGCUCCAGAUCUCAACAUCAAUGCACCCUCAGGGAAAUUCAAGAUGCCUAAAUUUGGGCUGUCUGGUACAAUGCCAAAAUCUCCCAAAUUAAAUCUUAAAGCUCCAAAGAUGAAGGGGGGAAUUGAUUUUCCAGACCUGAAUUUACCAGAUGCUGACCUCAAAGCCCCUAAACUAGAUGUGAAUGCUCCAGAUCUCGACAUCAAUGCACCCUCAGGGAAAUUCAGGAUGCCUAAAUUUGGGCUGUCUGGUACAAUGCCAAAAUCUCCCAAAUUAAAUCUUAAAUCUCCAAAGAUGAAGGGGGGAAUUGAUUUUCCAGACCUGAAUUUACCAGAUACUGACCUCAAAGCCCCUAAACUAGAUGUGAAUGCUCCAGAUCUCAACAUCAAUGCACCCUCAGGGAAAUUCAAGAUGCCUAAAUUUGGGCUGUCUGGUACAAUGCCAAAAUCUCCCAAAUUAAAUCUUAAAGCUCCAAAGAUGAAGGGGGGAAUUGAUUUUCCAGACCUGAAUUUCCCAGAUGCUGAACUCAAAGCCCCUAAACGAGAUGUGAAUGCUCCAGAUCUCGACAUUAAUGCACCCUCAGGGAAAUUCAAGAUGCCUAAUUUUGGGCUGUCUGGUACAAUGCCAAAAUCUCCCAAAUUAAAUCUUAAAGCUCCAAAGAUGAAGGGGGGAAUUGAUUUUCCAGACCUGAAUUUCCCAGAUGCUGAACUCAAAGCCCCUAAACGAGAUGUGAAUGCUCCAGAUCUCGACAUUAAUGCACCCUCAGGGAAAUUCAAGAUGCCUAAAUUUGGGCUGUCUGGUACAAUGCCAAAAUCUCCCAAAUUAAAUCUUAAAGCUCCAAAGAUGAAGGGGGGAAUUGAUUUUCCAGACCUGAAUUUACCAGAUGCUGACCUCAAAGCCCCUAAACUAGAUGUGAAUGCUCCAGAUCUCAACAUCAAUGCACCCUCAGGGAAAUUAAAGGUGCCUAAAUUCAGAGGCCUAAAGGGACCAGAUGUUGACAUUAAUGGCGCUAUAGAGGGACCAGAUCUGAACUUGUCAUCUCCCAAACUUAAGGGUCCCAAAGCAGACCUAAACCUUCCAGACACUGAUAUUGACAGUCCAUCAGGAAAACUCAAAAUGCCAACUUUCAAGAUGCCAGAUUUAGGAUUCUCUGGACCAAAAAUUAAGGGGCCUGACUUAAAUCUUUCAGCACCCAAGUUUAAAGGGGGAAUAAGUCCCCCAGAUUUGGAUCUGCCACAUGUAGACCUCAAAGGCCCCAAAUUAGACCUCAAUGCACCAGAUGUAAACUUUAAUAUGCCCUCAGGUAAAGUCAAAGUACCAACAUUGAAGAAACCAAAGGUUGAUCUGAAUGCUCCUGAUCUGGACAUUAACGGUCCCUCUGGUAAACGGAAAAUGCCCAAAGUUGGGCUGUCCGGUAAAAUGCCAAAAUCCACAAAACUGAAUUUCAAAGCCCCAAAGAUAAAGGGGGGAAUUGGUUCCCCAGAUCUGAAUUUCCCAGAUGCUGACCUCAAAGCCCCUAAACUAGAUAUGAAUACCCCAGAUCUUGACAUAAAUGCACCUUCUGGGAAAUUAAAAAUGCCCAAAUUUAAAAUGCCUAAAUUCAGGGGCCUACAGAGACCAGAUGUUGACAUUGAUGGAGACAUAGAGGGCCCAGAUAUUGAUAUCGAUACACCCACCGCUAACCUGAAAGGUCCCAAAACAGGUCUAAAAAUGCCUGAUUUGAAGAUGCCUGAUUUCGGACUAUCUGGCCCAAAUGUAGUUUAUGAUUUACCCAAUAUUGACCUCUCAGCACCAAAGCUGAAAGGGGGAAUCAGUCCCCCAGAUUUGAGACUACCUAAGGGUCAUAUCAGAGGGCCCAAACUAGACCUCAAUGCUCCAGAUAUGCCCUCAGGUAGAUUCAGAGUUCCAACCAUAGAGAGGCCAAAUGAUAGCAUCAAAGCCCCUGAUUUGGACAUCAACACUCCUUCAUUCAAAAUGCCCAAAAUGCCUAAAUUUGUGUUGUCUAGUCCAAAAAGACCAGAUCAUGACAUCAGUGCUGACAUAGGUUUUAAAUUGUCAAAGAUGAAAGGUGGGAUUGGUUCACGACACCUGGACCUACCUACAGUUGACCUAGAAGCCCCUAAGAUAGAUGUAGACACUCCAGAUAUGAACAUUGAUUCACCCUCUGGGAAAUUCAAAAUGCCCCACCUCAAAAUGCCCAAAUUCGGCCUUUCUGGCUUGAAAGGUCCAGAUCCUGGAAUAGAUGGAGACAUCGAUGGACCGGACCGGAGUUUGUCAGCCCCGAAAGUAAACACAGGGAUCGGUAGUCCAGAUUUAGACAUAAAUGUUCCCUCUGGUAAUGUCAAAGGCCCCCAAGCUGAUCUCAAUUUGCCAGACAGUGACAUUGCUAUACAAUCUGAAAAAUUCAAACUGCCAUCCUUUAAAUUGCCUCAGUUUGGAAGUCCCAAUCUAAGGGCAGGUACACAUAUGGACUUUAUGAAAACAAAUGACAUUUCUCCUCCAAAGGUUAAAGUGAAUCUAAAAGCACCAGACUUGAAAGUUAGUCACCCAGAUGUCAGCCUGAGCAUACCCAAAGCUGAUACCAGAAGCCCAGAAUACAAAGUGGCAUCUCAUAGUAAACGCAGAUCUGAUAUCCCAGGUGGAGCACAUAUAAAAGUGCAAGCAGAAGACAUAGAUACAGAAGUGGCACUGCCACACACUGAUAGGAAGUCUAGGAAGGUCAAAGGAAGGGCCAGUUAUCCAAUUGCAGAUAUUGAUUUGCCAAAAGUUGAGUAUGAAGCGUCUGGUUUGGAACUGAGAGGUUCAGACCUUAAUGAUCCCACAAGGAAAUUAAAAAUGCCCAAAUCAAAGACUUCUAAAUUGGGUAGUCAUACAAGAAUACCAGACCUUGAUAUAGACUCAAGUCCUGCCAGUAUUAACGCCUCAGUUCCUAAACUCCCACCCCCAAGGUAUGGAGUAGAGGUUUCACAGCCAGAUUUAAAUUUGAGUAGAACUGACCUCAAGGGCAAUAAACAUCAUAGGAAAGCCCCAGCUGGUGAAACCGGCAGAACAAAAAGGAGUCCAAAACAGUCUGAAAUUGGAACUUCCAUGCCAAAUUUUACUCAUGGUUCAAACCCCAAAAUGUCUGAAGAUCAAGAAGGAUAUUUUGUCACUGUAUUUCCCAAACAUCUCAAAGGGGAUGUACCAGACGGAACUGGGAGCCUGAAAAAUCAUCACAAGGAAGAGUCAAACCGUAGAUCUCAUACACUCAGAAGUCUCGACUUCAGUACAUCAAAUGUGGACCUUGAAGUUCCAGAAGAUGAGAACUUAAAUGGGUCAACAUUCUGGCUUUCAAAGCUUAUAUAGCGUUCAGACAACUGACUAAAUGUCCUUUUAGGUUGGUUUGAAUCACAAUCUUCUGUUGAAACAUAAUGUAGAAAAUGUCUGUUACAUAUAAAACAAGCAUCAGAUUAUUAUUAUUUGCACUUAUUUGUACUUUUUUUAAAUGUAAAUUCAUUGGUAUUUGUUAUGAACAUUAAUGUGUAAAGCUUUCUUUUGUCAAGUGAUUAAAAAAUGUAUGAAAGGUUUGUUAUGUUCUGCUGAUAAGCUAUUUGAAUGGUAGUUUUACUCUACACUUGCUACAUUGUAAUAAAAUUAAAUUUAGUAACUUUUAU